AGUCGUAAGUUGUCUGUCUUCAGCGAAGGAGUGGUAAGAUAUUUGUUCAUUAUAUCAGUUAACUCACAUGCGCUUUUGUUACUAAUUCAUGGUAUUAACAAUUCGGUAUUCAAAUUCUUCGAAUACAGUGAUUCAGCAACUCGACGAAUCCUCGUCAAAGAGAACAAAGGCCGUAUACGAAGAUGUGCGGUGGUUUUACGUGCUCUAAAAAUGCAUUGACGGCAUUAAACAUCCUUUAUAUUGUUGUUGCGUUUAUCCUAAUCGGCGUAGCUGUUUAUGGAAGAGCUUCUGCAUUAGUUACAAAUCUUCCUAUAAUUGGAGGUAUAUUAGCAUGUGGUGUUAUUUUGAUUCUAAUUUCUAUACUUGGUCUGAUUGGUGCUGUUAAACAUCAUCAAUACAUGCUUAUCUUAUUUCUACUGUUCCUGAUCCAAUUCAGUAUUGCCUGUGCUUGUCUUGCUGUCAAUACCAAACAGCAAGAACAAUUAGCAGAACAAGGUUGGAAACAUGCAAAUGAAUUAAUUGAUAAGGUUCAAGAAACUUUCAAUUGCUGUGGCUUUAAUGGCACUGAAAGCACAUAUACAAAUAAUUCAGAUCCAUUAAUUGAAUCCUGCAAAGCUAAAAUUUGUUGCCCAUAUCUUACGGAAGCUGAUUGCGAAUGUCCAUCUUGCAUGCAAAAAUUACAAUCUACGAUUGAUUAUGCCUUUAAAUUAUGUGGCAGCAUAGGAUUGUUCUUCAGUUUUACCGAGGUGAAAGUUCAUGAAUUAUUUUAUAUACUAUAUACAUUCAAUAUAUAUAUGUUUAAAAAAUGCAAUGUGAAAAUUUAUAUAAUGCUUAAUAGCAUUACAUUUGUGAAAUUGUUUUAUUUUGUUAGAAAGAACAGUGAUUUACUUCACUUUACUUUAGUAAAUGUUAACCUGUUAACCCAUUGCAGUUUGUUGGUGUUUGGUUGACCGUGCGGUACAGGAAUCAGAAAGAUCCACGAGCUAAUCCUAGUGCUUUCCUCUAGUCUAAUACCAUCGCUAUGUCCUCUGUCACCUCAUAUGAUCCUCCUAAUAGAUGGUGGGUGGUUUCAUGUUGUGAUUUUCUAUUUUAUAUAUUGAUUCUUAGGAGAAUAUUUUUUUAUUAGUCACAUUUUAUGUAUAUAACAUAAUACCAUUUCACAUUUAUGUAAUUUAAUAUAUAUACAUAUUAAUUUUAUUAAAUUUAAGAAUUAAUUUGAUACAAACUAUAUACAUUUGAUUUCUAGGUGAUUGCAGCUUUCUUGGCUAAACGUUACAGAAAUCAACUAAAUUCACGUUCAAAAGCUGUUUUUCCUUAGUAUACUUUUAUUAACAUAUUUUAUAUAUUUUAAAACAAACAUUUUUAGUUGAAACUGAAUUCUGAUAAGUAAUAAGGUGGCUGAAUUGUCAGGAUCAGAACCUUGCUUACAUUUAGAACUUUGAUUUAUGUUUAGAAAUAUUCAAUUGUUCAAUAGCUUAAACUUAAUUUUUACUUCAUAGUACAAAUAUCAUUUUGCAUGUAACACCUGGAUAUAAUUCUUAAGGAAGUUGGUCUUUCACUGGAGUUUGUAAUGCUCAACAGAAAAAAAACCAGCACAUUUGGAACAGUCAUAAAUUUUUAGAACAGAUAGAUAAAUGUGUGCUCUAGUCAUUCAUUUAGAACGAUCAUACUAAGCCUCAAUGCGCCUUGUAGUUUAAUAUGUAGAUACAUUUAUGCAAGCGCGUUUCUAUAUUUGUUUAUUUAUGAAGCAUAAUUUAUAAAAUCCAUUAAUUCUAAUUGUUAAAUUAAUUUUCUAUAAAGAAACUUAUUGAAAAAAUGUAUUGUUUUAAAUAGAUUCUAGAAAAGUAUUAAAUAUCGUUUGUUUGUCUAUAUAAAUUUUUUAAUUUACUAUAAAUUUUUUCUACUUUAAUUUUUAUAAAUAUUUAUAAAAAUUAUACAUUCGCAAAUUAUGUAAUAAUUCAUAAAUUUUUCAAAAUAAGUUUCACUAUAUGAUACUAAUCAGACAAAUUUAGAUCAAAUUAUCUUUUAUCAAAAUAUCAUAAUAAAAAAAAUGCAACUUCGUUGUGAAUUAUAAAAUAUUAAUAGUUAAUAUUUCGCUAAUGAAUCAAACAUAUUAAUCCUACAAUAAAAUAUGAUGCGGUAAAUAAGACAUUACGUAGAUCUUGACAUAUUAUCAUAAUACUGCCGUAUGUAUAAUAAUAUCAUAAUUACUACAUUACCAAUUUUAAAUUUAUAAUAUGCUUCCUCUAAUUUUAAUAUUUACUUUUCUUCAUUGUAAGGUUUUAUUAGACUGUAUUCCUAAUUCUUAUAUACAAUGCAUUUAAAAAGUAUUUUAAUUAAAGCUUUUGGAUUAGUUUACCUACAAGAUAAACUAUUACUUUAAUAAGUUAUAUUUAGAAGCUUUAUUAAAAUGAUUAAUAUCCAUUAGAAUUUAAUUUUAUAAUUGAUUUAAAUUUAAAUAACAAUAUUGGUUAUAUAUUACAUUAUAUAAUAAAAAUCUCUUAUUAAAAUACGCAUUUAGAUUCUGCAUAUUUUAUUUGUUUUAGUAUUUUAUUAAAUAUUUUCUUUUUUAAUUUAAACAAAACGGCAAUAAAAUUAAUUAAAAAGUAACAAUAUGGUAAAGUUAUCUUUUAGGGAUAUUAAGUUUUUUUAGUUUAUUCUAUGUAUUCUUAUGUAUUAUGUAUUUUUAAAUAUAAGAAUGUAUAUUAACCCUUUUAGUCUAUAAAUUUUUUAGUCUAUAAAUCGGGCUACUGUCGAAAUUGAAGGGUAAUUUAGUUAAAAGAAUAAUAUAAUGAAAAUAUUCUAACAUUCCUUUUUUUAUCAUAAUUAAUUAUAAUUGAAUAUAGAGUAAUUCAUUAAUAUUGGGACAUUAAAUAUUGAAAUUGUAUAAUUUUGUAAAAAAAAAUCGUACAGCAAUAAAUCUAGACUGAUUUUAAAGCUUUUGAAGCCUCUACUUUCAGAAUGUACGUAAUAAAAGAUGUAUUAAAUGGCAAAUUAAAGAUAGUUUCCCUUUCGAAAAUGCUAUAAGCUAUAUACGUAAAAACAUUGAAAAGUUCUUUUCAUAAUUAAAUCUAUAAUGGAUUUCAAGAUCGAAAUCUCCCCUUUACAAUAAUUCUCCAAAAUGUGUUGUACAAUUUUUUUUUCGCUAAUUUAUUAAACUUUCAGAUAAAAUAUCAGAUAAAAACGAAUAUAACGACAAAAAUGUUGAUUUCUUGAUUUUUUGUAGCUAGAGCUAAUAUU